AUGUCAGAAGGUCCGAUGACAGACCCACCAUCGGACCAAGCCUUACAUGGCCGCUUCUUAUCCAGCUCCCCGCUCGCUGAAGCGGCGAUUGCUCGAGAUCUAGAGAAUUACGCAGAUGAUGAAGGCUCAAUGCUUACCACUGAUGAUGAAGCUUCCGAGUCUUCCACUAUUCGCGCAAUAAAUAGUCAGCCCGGCACCAACCCCCAUUCUCUAGCCGGCUCCUACCGCCGUCCUAGCUUCUUUACCACGGUCUCUCAUGCCACAGUUGUACCUCAUUCUGGAGAACGAGAGAGGCUGACACGCAGGGAACGCGAGCGAGCUAUUGAGGAUGAGAGGGAUCUUUUGAGCGAUAACAAUGUCAUAGACCCGCGGGCAAAGCGGCGAGUGACUCCAUCUAUUCUACCGGCAGGUGAAACUACAGCGCUAUUAGGAGCCCCAGGAGGUGGUCAGGAAUACAAUGCAACGGAUGACGAAGAUGUUGACAGGAAGUGGGAAGAAGCCGUCGCAGCCGGGCUAAUUCACACAACGUGGAAACGGGAAGCGCGGGUGAUUGGUAAAAAUGCUGUCCCGUUGAUGAUCACUUUUCUACUCCAAUAUUCCUUGACCGUGGCCAGUAUUUUCACCCUUGGUCAUCUAGGCACGAUAGAGCUUGGUGCCGUUAGUCUGGCUAGCAUGAGUGCGAACAUUACCGGAUAUGCAGUAUACCAAGGCUUAGCAACCAGCUUAGACACGCUGUGCUCACAGGCCUAUGGCUCUGGCAAGAAGAAGUUAGUAGGCCUGCAAAUGCAAAAGAUGGUGUAUUUUCUCUGCAGUCUCACUAUCCCGAUCGCUGUUUUGUGGUUCUUUGCAGACAAAAUCCUUAUGAAAAUUGUUCCUGAGAAAGAAGUUGCUGUACUCGCUGGCUUAUACUUGAAGGUUAUCAUCUUGGGUGCCCCUGGAUAUGCCUGCUUCGAAAGCGGGAAGCGUUAUGUGCAGGCACAAGGUCUCUUUUCGGCAUCUUUAUAUGUCUUACUCAUAUGCGCGCCGCUUAAUGCAUUCAUGAAUUGGCUGUUUGUUUGGAAAUUUCAAUGGGGAUUCAUUGGUGCGCCAAUCGCAGUAGCCAUCACAGACAAUCUGAUGCCACUUCUCCUAUUUCUCUAUGUGCACUUCAUUGCAGGUUCAGAAUGCUGGAAUGGUCUUACUAUCAAGGCCUUGCGCAAUUGGGGCCCAAUGAUUCGACUUGCCCUACCUGGUUUAGUGAUGGUAGAAGCCGAGUGCCUGGCCUUCGAAGUCUUGACCUUAGCUUCGUCAUAUCUCGGCACAACCCCCUUAGCCGCCCAGUCAAUCCUGUCGACUAUCGCCAGUAUUAUGUUCCAAAUCCCUUUCCCACUUUCGAUUUCCGGCAGUACCCGAGUUGCAAACCUGAUCGGCGCAACCCUGGUCGAGCCCGCCAAGAUCUCAGCCAAAGUGACUAUGGGAGGUGCUGUUAUCGUAGGUGUGCUCAAUAUGCUGUUCCUCUCAUCGCUGCGCUCCUAUAUCCCACGACUAUUUACCUCGGAAGAAGAAGUCAUUGAGCUCGUAGCACACGUUCUUCCAUUGUGUGCGGCUUUCCAGCUGUUUGAUGCUCUUGCUGCUAACUGCAACGGUAUCCUCCGUGGAAUCGGCAGGCAAGAGAUAGGCGGUUACGUCCAGCUCUUCUGCUACUAUGCAAUUGCAAUGCCUAUUAGCUUCGGCACUACAUUUGGAUUGGGCUGGGGGUUACUGGGACUCUGGUCUGGUGUCGCUAUUGCCCUGUUUCUAGUAUCGGUGAUCGAGAUGAUAUUCCUAAGACAGACAGAUUGGGAGCGUUCAGUUCAGGAUGCUCUUCAGAGAAACGCAACGGCAUGA